AUGAAGAUCAUCAAGGACGACGAGACAGGAUGCAUCGUCAACAUCACAGAUCCUGAGGGUCAUUCUCACCUAGAAGCCUGCGGAAACGACCUGUCCGGUCAGCUCAUUAACGAUGAAACAGCCCACGUCUUAAUGAUGGUCCUGCAAGUUGCGGUCACUGGGACACUGGCCGUAGGAGGCAUGGUCACUAACACCAUCAAUAUCGUAGUCUUCAUUAAAAUGGGCCUAAACGACGCGGUCAACAUAAGUCUUCUGGGACUCGCCGUCAGUGACAUGUGUUCUCUCAUCUUCUCCUUCUGGGAAGCGGUGUGCUUCAAUCCUUGGUUUGAAGACGGGGCACCUGUCGUGUACACAGAAAUCGAAUACAUUACGGGAUGCUGGCCACAUAUUUGCUUUGUGCGAGUGGCCAGUUACAUCACUGCCUUUGUCACUUUAGAAAGAUGUCUCUGUAUAGCCAUGCCGCUUAAGGUCAAAUCAAUCAUAACCAAAAAUCGCACAAAAAUAGUCAUUGUCGCUAUUUUUGUUAUUGUAUCGGUCACUUCCGCGCCGGAAUAUUACGUUAAUCAAGUAGUGUGGAAAUUCUACCCGGAAAAAAAUCGCACAAUGUUGGGGAUUCUCUUCGUAGAGGAUAGGGCCAAAUACGAAAGCGUUACAUUAAUUAUGAAUAACAUCAUUAUGCAACUCUUUGCCUUUGCCGCUGUCGUCACUUGCACUGUUAUUCUAGUCAUUGAGCUCAACAGGAAAGCGAAAUGGAGAGCGCAGACAGCAAAGGGGGACACUACUUCAGCAAAAGAUAAGAAAGUCAUCAAAAUGAUUACUUUUAUUUCGACCAUAUUCAUCGGUAGUAACCUCCCCUGCUGUGUCACUAUGAAACUGGUUCACGAAAACAAGAAUUGCGUCCCUUUGGGAAACGCCACAAAAUGUGGACCAGAUUUGACAGGGCAGCUCAUCAACGACGAGAUCGCGGACAUCGUUGUGGCAAUAUUCCAGGUUGCCGUUACAGGGUUCAUAGCCAUAGGAGGAAUUGUAGCCAACAUCAUCAACAUUGUGGUGUUCCUUAAGAUGGGGCUCAGCGAUGCAGUUAACAUUAGCCUUUUCGGACUUGCAAUUGGCGAUAUGUGUUCCUUAAUAUUUGCUCUUUGGGAGGCCAUUAGUUUCACACCACUUGUUCAGAACUCUGAUGCGCCAGUCGUGUUUACUGAGAUAGAAUAUACCACUGACUGUUGGCCACACGUCUGUUUUGUUCGAGUGACUAGCUAUAUCACAGCCUUCAUUACGCUAGAACGUUGUCUGUGUAUAACUUUCCCCCUGAAAGUGAAAUCAAUCAUUACCCCAAAUUUAGCUAGAGUUGUAGUAUUUCUCGCAUUUGCGCUUGUUUUCGCUUCUUCAGCUCCUGAUUAUUACGUUAAUCGUCUUGUAUGGAAGUUUUACCCAGAGAAAAACCGAACAAUGCUUGGGAUUAUGUAUGUAAAGGAUCGGGAAAAGCUAGAAAGGAUUUCACAAGUUCUUAACAACGUAGUGUUGCAGUGCAUCGCAUUUAUUUCUGUUGUGGUCUGCACAGUGAUUUUAAUCGUGCAGCUCAACAGAAAAGCAAAAUGGCGACAGCAGACGGCAAAAGGAGAAAAAGCGACGCUGGGAAAGGAUCAGAAAGUGAUCAAAAUGAUCAGUUUUAUUGCUGUUAUCUUUUUAGUCAGCAACCUCCCUUCCUGUCUUGUGUUCAUAGCAAUGACCUCCACUCCACAACUUCAUCCAAGUGGCGUUAAUUAUAAUAUGUUCUACGUCAUAUGGGCGGUUGUCUACGUCAUGGAAGCGUUAAACUCUACAGUCAACAUCUUUAUCUACGUCAAGAUGAGCUCUAAAUACAGAGUCGUUUUCUACAAAACCUUCGCUUGCUGCUAUGGUUGUGAUUCAGCGUCGCAGAUGCCAAAAUCCGCUGCAGACGGAAACCAAGAACCGGUAAUUUUCACCAACAAUAGCGAGCCUACAGGAGAAAUUGCUCGCAGCAAUGGUCGAACUCUGACCACUUACUUAGAAGAGAAUGAAGAAAGAUAA